AUGCGAAAUUUAUGGAAAGAAUUGAAAAUAUUAGUAGAUGAGGGUUUGAUUCGAUUCGAGACUGAUGAACCUCCAGAUUGGAAAGUACAUGCUAUCCGUAACAUCGGUAAUAUAAAGGAUAGACUGCAGAAAGCAAACACAUCGGUACAUGAACGUCUUCUCGAGGAAAUACAAGACGUAGAUCUUAGUGAUUUAACCUAUGAUAACCCAUUGGCUAACGGUAUAAUUGACCUCGGAUCUUCCCAAUACCAGUUAAUGGAAGAUGAUUAUGAUGUUCUUGUGGGUGAGAAAGUUGGCAUAAGAAACUUAAGAAAAGGUGCAUUGAUAAAGGGAGUGUGUGCGGACUUUAUUAUUAAAAGAACCGAAAUUCAGAACCAGUGCAAAUUCAUAAUCGCGCCUUCAGAAACAAGAAGACAUAAGGAAUGGAUUGAGAGUGAAAACAACAGGGUGCUAAUAGCGACAAAUAUAACAGACACGCUUCUGCAAGAAACUAAAAGGAAUGUUCUUCGUAAAAUUUCUAAAGCUUCGGAGAAUGCCCUUGUAGACGUUAUAGCACGUAUUAUAGAGGCAUCGUUAUAUCAAAUGCCAGUUAACUUUGACAUCGAAGUAACGAGGAAUGAUCGUCAAAGUAUUGCCAGCAAAAAACGAAAAAAUCGGCAAGAGACCGGUUCAAGAGGCAACAAACCUGUCUUAAUGAUUCGCGCAUUUUUCAAAAAUAAGUGGAAUGAACUCGCAUAUGUCGAAAGUGGGAAAUGGAGAUCAACAGACACAAAAACCCUUAAUGAUCAUAACAAGUUAGCUCGUUUAAGUUUAGAUGGAUAUACUGAUAUGUCAAAAAAAACUAAAAAGAACGAGCUAUAUAAAUUUUGUAUUAUAUUUGGCAUCAAUAUUACAGAUGACCAUUGUGUUGUUAUACAUGGACUUUCGCGAGAAAAAGGUAUAAAAUUUUAUUUCCCUAUCAUCAAAGCCAAGAUUCCCUUCCAUAACGAAACAGUGGAUGAAGUUGAAGAAUUUGUGCACGCGUUAUUAAUUUUGCGG